AAAUCAUAAGUAGAAGGUUUUGUGGCUGGGUUGGUGUCCCAGUCCCUCCCUUGCCUGGUUACAGGAGAUGGCCCGUUCAAGCUCCACGUUCCCUACUGCUAAGAGUCUUAGCUUACAAAAGAUAUUCUUGUAAGCCAAGUGUGAAGUUAAUCACGACAACCAAAAAUUUGCUAACAUAGAGGAAGAGCUCUCAUCACUAGGGGAACAGAAAGUCUCAACGACAAGCUUAUGAGAGAAUGGCUGUCUCAAGGGCUCCAGCACCCGACUCCGCCCGUCAGAGAAUGGUCUGGCUCUUUCCACUUGUCUUCUGCCUCGGCUCAGGGAAUGAAGUUUCACAAAGCAGCUCAGGCCCCCAGCUAAUGAAUGGCGUUCUAGGAGAGUCUGCAGUUCUUCCUCUAAAGCUGCCUGUAGGAAAGAUGACCUGUAGCAUCAUCUGGAGUUAUGAAGGAGAAGCGUCACAGGUCACUGCCCUCGUUAUCAACCUAAGUAAGCCUGAAAGUCCACAAAUCAUGUACACUGAUGGAAAGAAGAGACUGAACAUCACCCAGUCCUACUCCCUGCAAAUCAGCAACCUUACCAUGGCAGACACAAGAUCAUACACUGCACAGAUAACCACAGAGGACUCUAAAGUGACCGUCUUCAAAUAUAUUCUGAGGGUCUUUGAACGACUGGGUAACUUAGAAACUACCAAUCAUACUCUCUUGCUAGAGAAUGGGACCUGCCAGAUACACCUGGCCUGCAUUUUGAAGAAUCAAAGUCAUACUGUCUCAGUUGAGUGGCAAGCCACAGGAAACAUCUCUUUAGGGGGUCCAAAUGUCACUAUCUUUUGGGACCCGAGGAAUUCUAGUGACCAGACUUACGUCUGCAGAGCCAAGAAUGCUGUCAGCAAUUUGUCAGUCUCUGUUUCUACCCAGAGUCUCUGCAAAGGGGUUCUGACUAAUCCACCCUGGAAUACAGUAUGGUUUAUGGCUACAAUUUCAAUAAUCGCGGGUGCACUCAUACUCAUCCUUGUGUGCUGGAGCAUACAUGUUUGGAAGAGAAGAGGUUCUCUUCCUUUGACUAGCCAACAUCCAGAUUCCUCCCAGAGCACAGAUGGCCCAGGCUCUCCAGGGAACACUGUGUAUGCACAAGUCACUCGUCCAAUGCAGGAAAUGAAAAUCCCAAAACCUAUCAAAAAUGACUCCAUGACAAUUUACUCCAUAGUUAAUCAUUCCAGAGAGGCCGAAUACUCUUAAGGACAUCAAGUUGGUGAAAGACUUUAAAGAAAUCCAGGGAGCACACAUCUACUGAUCCCUUGGAAGAGAACAGAAAAGAAGUGUGGUUUCCACCUGGCAAUGGGAUCUGGAUGCCCAGGGUUAUCACUUCAGCCUGGAUCCUUCCUACAAGCGUCAGACUCUUCAGGGGUAGCAAGAUCUGUAGUACAUAGCCCCAAAACUACAUUCCAGUCAGAUCCACGACAAAUCCUGCUUUGGGUAACUCCUCCACAUGCUGCUUUCUCUCUGACAACUAAACAGUCAGAGUUCUGAUGGACAGAUUAUGAUUCCACAAGUAAUCACUUCUCCUUCUAGAAGGCAGCAGGAUGUGAUUGGCUGUAGAGAGAGAGCACACAGUGUUUUGGUUAAAUGUGUAGUAUCUGGCAUUGGAUGGACCACACUCAUGCCCUAACAAAUCAUUUACUUAGACAGGCCUCCUGGGAUAUUUCCUAUGUUCUUGGACCUUUAAUGUCACAGCCAAUAAGAGGAGGAUAGCAAUGAAUUGUUUCCAUUGCUCACACCUGGAAUCUAAGCCACCAAUGACUACAGUUUAUCCCCAAACACUUCAGACUCUACCUCCAAUAUAUAUUAAACAGAUCUCUCUCUUUUCAACUUGUAGACCAUCAUCCUAUCUCCAUUUCUCCCAUCUGGAGCCUGAGGUACUCCAAUUAUCUCUACUCAUCUCUUCUAAUUUUGCUCUUAUCUCCGCAUAACCCACGGUCUAAAAGACAACCAGCACAAUGUCCUUAGUAUAGUCCCGCUCUUUCUAUUGACUGCCUGUACCCUUACAGACUCCACAUCACACCCAGUGUGAAAGCCAGAGUUCUUGACUCUGGAUGGUCUGCCACAUCCCCAGACUCUGCUAGUUUCACUCUCCCCAUUCUCUGUUUGACCUCUGUGACCUUUUAGCUUCUCUAUCAGAGAAGAAAGUUCUCCAUAGUAUAGUCGCUUACAUCUGCCCCAAAGGCCUUCUUCUGCCUGUUGGGUUCCUCCUGUACUUUAGACCUCAACUUAAAUACAUCAGCUUCUAUAAAAGACCUUCCCAGUGCAGUCUACCUAAAGAGGGCUUCCUUUUCAGUCUCUUAAACCUCCAUGUUGUUUAUCACAUGAUAUUGAAUAUUUAUUUUUAAUAUCUGCUUCCCUCAUUAGAGGAUAAGUCUGUGGGAUCAGAGACAAUAACUAUUUUAUUGCUGUAAUCAUUAAUAUGUAGAACAUUGUAAGUGUUCAAACAAUACCUUUAAUAAAUAAAUGUAUACAUGAUGGAUUGGUGUGGGAACUAAAUGAAACAAUAUGAUUGACUCUGCAA